GUUGGAGUGAACGGAUUUGGCCAUUUUGGGGGCCUGGUCACCAGGGCUGCUUUUAACUCUGGCAGAGUGGAUGUUGUCUCCAUCAAUGACCCCUUCAUUGACCUCAACUACAUGGUAUACACGUUCCAGUAUGAUUCUACCCACAGCAAAUUCCACCACACGGUCAAGGCUGAGAAUGGGAAACUUGUCAUCAAUGGGAAGGCCAUCUCCAUCUUCCAGGAGCGAGAUCCCGCCAACAUCAAGUGGAGUGAUGCUGGUGCUGAGUAUGUUGUGGAGUCCACUGGGGUCUUCACCACCAUGGAGAAGGCUGGGGCUCACUUGAAGGGCAGGGCCAAGAGGGUCAUACUCUCUGCUCCUUCUGCUGGUGCCCCCAUGUUUGUGAUGGGUGUGAACCACGAGAAGUAUGACAACUCCCUCAAGAUUGUCAGCAAUGCCUCCUGCACCACCAACUGCUUGGCUCCUCUGGCCAAAGUCAUCCAUGACCACCUCGGCAUCGUAGAGGGCCUCAUGACCACUGUCCAUGCCAUCACUGCUACCCAGAAGACCAUGGAUGGCCCCUCUGGGAAGCUGUGGCAUGACGGCCGAGGGACUGCCCAGAACAUCAUCUCUGCUUCCACUGGCACCACCAAAGCUAUGGGCAAGGUCAUCCCUGAGCUGAACAGGAAGCUCAUUGGCAUGGCCUUCCAUGUCCCCAUCCCCAAUGUGUCAGUUGUGGAUCUGACCUGCCACCUGGAGAAAGCUGCCAAAUAUGACGACAUCAAGAAGGUGGUGAAGCAGGCAUCAGAGGGCCCCCUCAAGGGCAUCCUGGGCUACACUGAGGACCAUGUUGUCUCCUGUGACUUCAACAGUGACACCUGCUCUUCUACCUUCGACGCCGGGGCUGGCAUUGCCCUCAAUGACCACUUCGUCAAGCUCAUUUUCUGGUCUGACAAUGAGUUCAGCUAUAGCAACAGGGUGGUGGAUCUCAUGGUCCACAUGGCCUCCAAGGAGUAA